UAUGUAUCAUUCCUCUUCUAGAAAGCAUUGUACCAAACCUUUCAAACAUCCUCUCUCCUUUACACCUAUAUUCCUAUCCUAAUUCCUAGCCAAACAUAGCACUUGAAACACACACACACACACACACACACACACACAAUGAUCCUUCUCCCCAAAUCUGUCUCCUUCUGCAACGACCAACUUCUCCAUUUCAUCUCUUCAUAAUCUCCACCGCUUUUUUUCUUCAUGGAUUUUCGGUUGGUGGAUAAUUUGAUCUGUUCACUCUCCGCUUCCAACAAUUCCGGAUCUGCAUUUACUGACGCUGAACAUGACCUGCCGGCGGCUAAACUGGCCAGGAUUUCCGUGCCGGAAUGCAACAGAAGCGGCGGUGCGACUCAGCAAAUGCUCGGCUUCUCCGCCGCAUUCCCGUUUCUGAGGAGCUCAUCGGGGUAUGAGUGUGCAAGUAUGCAUGUGUUGAGGGGCCCCUGCCCCUGCCCCUUCACCACUUCACAAUGGAUGGAGCUAGAACACCAAGCAUUGAUCUACAAAUACAUCACUGCAAAUGUUCCCAUACCUUCCUAUCUACUUAAUCCAAUCAGGAAAGCUCUCGAACAUUCUCGAUUCUCUUGCCUCUCCUUCCUACGACCAAAUGCUCGUGAGUUCUUCAUUCUCUCCUUCCUUUCAUUAGUUCCUAAACUAACUGGGUUUGAAACAGUGGGAUGGGGUGGUUCCGCCAAGACCGAUCCCGAGCCAAGUAGGUGUCGGAGGACAGAUGGCAAGAAAUGGCGGUGCUCACGGGACGCGAUCGCUGAUCACAAGUACUGCGAGCGCCAUGUCAACCGAGGCCGCCACCGUUCAAGAAAGCCUGUGGAAGGUGGACCUGGAAAUAGAUGCCCUAUGGACAAGGAAACUCGGAAAACAUGUUUGAAAGACAAGCAGCACGCCUAUUCAUUGCUCGACCCCUUAGAGAGGACUGAGCUCUCAAUGGGACUUGGCGUUGCUAGUGAAGAAGGCCAACGACGUAAUGGCUGGGGAGGUGGGCCGUUGGGCGAGGCAUUGCACGCAACGGGCAACAGCUCGGGUCAAUGCAAGGCGCUCAACCUCAUAGCGUCGACCCCAUUUUCUUGAGAAGAGAGUAUUUUGUCAUAUCUUUGACUUCCAAUCUUGUCGCCUAUCACAAAUGGGAUCGAAAUAUGUGGUUUUCUUCUUUGUGUUUAGUUUCGGCCUCCAUUUAUGUAGGUGGUCUGUAAAGUGGUAAUGUUGCAUGAAUGCAUUCAUAUAUCUUGAAAUGAUAUUUUGAUGAAAGUUCACUAAAUUUAAGACCAUCAAAUACCAUAACUUUUCCACCUA